CCAGCGUCCGCGAGCCCGCGCCGGGCACCCAGCUCUCCCCGGCCUAGCUCCUCCGGCUCUUUCCGAAAGGGGGCUUCUGGCUCUGAGGACGAGGACAGUAGUGGCCCUCGAACUUCAUUUUCAAAGGCACCGCUGGGUGAGAAGCCCGAGCGAGGCGAGCUAUGGACCCCGUGAGCCAGCUGGCCUCGGCAGGCACCUUCCGGGUGCUGAAGGAGCCCCUUGCCUUCCUGCGAGCCCUGGAAUUGCUUUUUGCAAUCUUUGCAUUUGCAACAUGCGGUGGCUAUUCCGGAGGCCUGCGGCUGAGUGUGGACUGUGUCAACAAGACGGAAAGUAACCUCAGCAUUGACGUAGCAUUUGCCUACCCGUUCAGGUUACACCAGGUGACGUUUGAGGUGCCCACCUGUGAGGGGAAGGAGCGGCAGAAGGUGGCCCUGAUUGGCGACUCCUCAUCUUCGGCAGAGUUCUUUGUCACCGUGGCUGUCUUUGCCUUCCUCUACUCCUUGGCCGCCACCGUCGUUUACAUUUUCUUCCAGAACAAGUAUCGAGAAAACAACCGGGGUCCACUCAUCGACUUCAUCGUCACUGUAGUCUUUUCUUUCUUGUGGUUGGUGGGUUCAUCAGCUUGGGCAAAAGGGCUGUCUGAUGUCAAGGUUGCUACGGAUCCCAAAGAAGUAUUGUUACUGAUGUCAGCUUGCAAACAGCCGUCCAACAAAUGCAUGGCUGUCCACAGCCCUGUGAUGUCCAGCCUGAACACUUCUGUGGUCUUUGGAUUCUUGAACUUUAUCCUCUGGGCUGGAAACAUCUGGUUUGUUUUCAAGGAGACCGGCUGGCAUUCCUCGAGCCAGAGAUAUCUUUCAGACCCAGUGGAGAGACACUCCAGUAGCUAUAACCAAGGCGGGUACAACCAAGACAGCUAUGGAUCAAGCAGUGGGUACAACCAGCAGGCGAGUUUGGGGCCAUCCUCGGAUGAGUUUGGCCAACAGCCCGGUGGCCCUGCUUCUUUUACCAAUCAGAUUUAACAGGGUAGUGUUGGCAUUCUUCCAAAGACAGCCUCACCACCUUCCAUGUCAGUGGCAGGAGAAUUUUUUAAGAGUUUCAAUCAGUUAUUAAUUCAGGGAGUGUUGAAUGUAAAUAAGAGAUCUGUAGUCCUCAUUAAAGCAGAAAGGCCUGGGUCGUG